AUGUUUAUCAUCGAUCAGGUCAUGCAAGGCAACGCAAAAUUCGCCUUCUUCUGCGAGAACUACGGAAAGCCCGAGCUGCAAUCCAUUCUCUCCCCCAUCUGCAACUCCGUAAAACCGAUCUGCUGUCUCUGGAACGCCGUCAAAGCGCCCAACGCCGCCUCCGCGCCACGCUCUCUCGACGCUUUAUUCGCAGCCCACGCCUCCGAUUUAGCGGCCGCGAAGCAGCUCGAAGCGUCCAUUCUGGUUUCAAACCAGGAGCAAUCGAACAUCAAAAGCUGGCAGAACUCCUUUUCCACGAUGCUGAAUCAAAUCAACUCGCUGGUCCGCGGGGAAAAAGUCUCCGCGGACGGCGUCGUGAAUGAAUACGCGUUGAACCAGGUCCAAAUGCUGAGCAUGAUCGCCGAGGCCAACGAAUGGUUCGUCAAAGCGACGCAGUCGAACGCCAGCGGCGAAGAAUACCGCGAGAUGUGCGAGAAAUAUCAGAAAUCGUUCGACGAGGCGAUGAGCGCGUUCCACGAAAAGCGCGAGAAAGAACUCGAAGAGGAGCGCAAGCGGAAGGAGGAAGAAGCCAGACAGGCGGAGCUCGAGCGGCAGAAGAAGCGGCUGGCCGAAGAGGAGGAGCGUCGCGCGAUGCAGAAGGCGAUGGUUCUCCACUGGCGCGAGAUCAACGAGAACACCUACUAUCUCUCGCGGUACGUUUCGCAAGAAGACGUGGAGUUCUGGCUCCAGAACCACAAUCGCGUAAUCGAAGUGGGAAACCAUCCCUCUGCGUUCUCCGACCUCCACCUCGCGCUCACGCUCUCCGACUACCAGAUCAGCACCGAAGAGGAGCUCAGUCGCCGCGCCUACCGCCUUCCUCUCAACGCCGAAUGCACCGCUCCGCGUCUCUCCGACUCCAAGCCGCUUCUCUCGCGGAACUUCGUCCGCAUGGCGCCGACACUGUUCUACGACGGCGAUCUCUGCGAGGGCGUUCCGCACGGCGUGGGCACGCUGAUCGACGCCACGCUGCAGCAAGUGGUCUAUCAGGGCCAGUGGGACCACGGCGUGUUCCACGGCCAGGGCACGCGGUAUGAGCGCGGCGCGCUGGUGCAGAGCGGAGAGUUCGAGAAGGGCGCGCUGAUGCAAGGACGGUGGAUCCAGUCGUCCGGCGCGAUCUGGGUGGGAACGUUCCAGAACCAGUUCUUGACGAGUGGACGGAUGGUGCUGCCGUCGGGCCUGUGGAUCGAGGGAAAGUGGAAGGAAGGCCGGCCGAUGGGGGAGUGCACGGUGCACGUGGCGAACGCGAUCAAGGAUCUGAAUUACGAUUUCGAUCAUGCGGACGAGAUCACGAGGUAUAAUGUGAUGGUGCUGGAAGACCGCGUGUACUACCAUAACAAGUAUUUGCUGGAUCAGAACCCGAUCUUCCUGUUCUACUUCAAUGGAGAUGUGUUCAUUGGGAAGGCGAACGGAAAGGACGAGCCGGUGAACGGAUUGUACUACUAUCUGUACAACAACCUCUACCAGAAGUUCAGCAUCGGCAGCGGAUUCCAUGACGAGAAUCUGAAGGAUGUGACUUAUUGCCCGAUCCUGCCCAUUAAGCAGUUUGACCUGGUGCUGCAGCACGAGCAGAAGAAGUUGUGUGUUUGUUUCCAACCAACAAAGCGUAGUGAAUAG